AUGUUCGACGUUGAUGAGAAGAGGCUCGAGAACGUGCGACGUUCACUUGAUGAAGCCGGCUACAAAGCAGGUUCCCAUCACUGUGAUGUCAGAAAUGCAGAGUCUGUGUCCAACGCCAUCGAGGACACGAUUCAAAGGUAUCAGAAGAUUGACGUCCUGGUCAACGUUGCUGACGUCUACCCGUUUCAUCCACUGGUGGGCUUCCCUCUUGACGCAUAUCGACGCACGAUAUCUGUCAACUUGGACGGGUCAUUCUAUCUCACCCGCGAAGUUCUCCCACACAUGCAGAAAGCUGGAUAUGGUCGUAUCAUCCACACAGCGUCGUCCACAUUUGGGAGUCCUGAGCCAGGGUUAUCCAGUUAUGUGACAUCUAAGGGAGGUGUGAUUGGUCUUCCACGGGCAGCUGCCGUGGAAGCUGGAGCGGGAGUCACAGUCAACGUGGUAGUUCCUGGUCUCACAGAAACUCCCGGUGUUCUGUCGCACGAAGGAUCUUCAGCGUUGUUCGAGCAUAUCUUGUCUAAGCAGACGGUGAAACGCAGAGGCCAUCCGCUCGAUGCGGCACAUACCUUUUCAUUCAUCGCUAGUCCGGAAGCGGCUUUUUUCUGA